UGGCUUAACCGAUGUAUAUCCUCUCAUGACCGGUGCAAUCAAGACCUGAACGUUGCCUGGUAUCCUACACGCCUUCUUGAUUUGAGAGGGUCUGAUACGAGCCUGCGAUUGAUUACCACGGAUGAAAUAAAACCAUGCGGAGACUAUGCGACGCUAAUUCACGUUUGGGGCAACAUUCCUAUUCCGAAGCUCCAAUCCCAGAAUCUGGAGCGCUGGACGAACAAGAUUGAAAUGUCAGAGCUACCAAAAACAUUUCAAGAGGCAAUCAGUAUCACCAAGGGUUUUGGAAUCAAUUAUCUAUGGAUCGACGCCCUCUGCAUUAUUCAGGAUUCGAGCGAAGACGCGAUCAGGGAGGCUACAUUGAGAAGUAAAGUCUACAAACAUUCUCUUCUUGCUCUUUCAGCAGCGGGAGCGAAAGAUGCUAGCGACGGCUGCGUAUUCGAGCGCAAUAUCAGAAUCUACGAUGAACCGCCUCAAUGCCCUAUGUUUCAAGAUCAUGAUUGGACGAAGGAGCUCAGUCUUGAGAUCGAAGAGAAAUAUUACAUUGUUGAUGCAGAGUUUUGGCGAACAUUGUGCAUGCGGACUCCUCUUUUCCGACGCGCCUGGACAUUUCAAGAACGAUUUCUUGCCCGCAGGGUGCUCCACUUCGGAAGGGAUUAG